CGGGAGAAAGAUUGAAAUUCUCUAAAGUCACUUCUUCGAAUAGCGACUCUAGACUCGGGGGCUAAACCUUCCUCUCCCUUACGGUCGAGCGUCUUCAAACCUCCCCUUAAUCUAGGCCGCAUUCUUCCAUGUCUCUCUUUGUGAGUUUGGUCUCCGUUUAGUCUCAAUGGGUCAGCAACAGCUUCGACGAGGUAGGCUCCGUUCCUCGGAGUACCCACUUCCCUCUUCAUCGCUCCCCCCCGAUCCCGAUCUCCCGUUUGAGAAUAGCGUAGGUGAGAGAGGUUCUACCCGAUACAACUGGCUAUCCGCCUGAACUGGAUGGAUCCACUUCUCCUCUACUAUCCUUCCGUUCCGACUAGCUUUCGUUCUCUCGUUCGUAGUCCACUUUCUUGAUUCUACUUGCAACUAAACUUUGGAGCUGAUUGGGUUAGUGUUCAGUGUGCCUUAGUACAAGAUCGAAAAGAAGAUAGCUUAUAGGAAAUUCCUUUGGCUAGAUAGAGUGGUGGUUGUAAAUCACUAGGUAGCCAGUCUUGACUUAAGUCGUCCAAGCAAUGCCCAAAGAAAAAAGUCCCAUGCUUUCCGUUGGUCAACAACCAACCAAUCCUCUUUUAGCAAGAAAGUCCUGGCCUGUACCCUAUCCCGAUUUCCUCUUGCUUCUGACUCCGAUAGAACUGGGAAGCCUUUCACUUAAGGGCAACAAAGACUGGUGCCAAGCUUCUUCCUCAAGGACGGGAGACUCCUGAGUUUGGGCGUGUCUUCUCCGCUAAUAGAACUCUUAUACUAAAGUGAGGCUUGUCUCUCAACUCUUCUACUAUUAUAUUCGCUAAGCCCAGGACCUCAUCUUCUCUUUAGAUAGAACCAGAGCGGGCAAAGUCCUCUUUUUCAAUCAAUUCAUUACAAAAGCGUAAACAUAACUUGUUAUAUUACCCUCUUUUGAGUGCUAAGGACAUCUAGCCUCCCUUCCCUGUGGGAGGAGAGGAGCUAAGGAUAGCGAAUUCGCUUCUUGGGAAAGUGGGUAAGGUGCUUAUGAUUUUUAGUAUAGGUUCGGGUUAUGAGCUUGAGGUAAAGGAAGUAAACUUAAACAAUAGGUUUAAUACACUGAAACCCCACCAAAAAAAGGGGCACUCAAGCUUGAAACCUACUGGCUUGGCUUGCCCUCAACAAUACUCGAUUAGGCUUCUUACCGCUUUGGGCUUUGAGACUGGCUUGAGUUGAACUUUAUUACUUACUGGAAAGAUAGGCCUUUUCAAAGAUCCCGAAUCUAUUUAAUAGAAGGAAGGUGUGCUAAGCAACCAAGUCUUAUUUAGAACACUUUUCCUUUUGACCAAAGGAAAAGAAACCCUCAUGAGGGCUACGGUUCCACUUCUCUUCCACCAAUCCUGAGCUAAAGGAGCCUGCGCUUCUCAGUCCCCCUCGUUAGAGAUCGUCGCCAACCGAUCUAGGAAUUCCUACUAAGACUUUCCGAAGCAUUAGCUCUCUCUCUAUCCCUUUAUUCGAUUAUUGGCUUUCAGUUCGGUUAUGGUAGGGCCUUUCUCCUUGCUGCACUCUCUAAGCCCUUAGUCUUGCAAAAGACCAUUCCCUCACAAUAGGUGCCUCCUUCUCCUCUCAGAUGCCCAUUCAAAAGACAUUUCUCUUGUUCGAGGCAUAUGAAUCUUUUCGAUAUGCCACUCACUCAAGUUCCAUAUCUGAUUCAAGAGCGGCACCAUCUAUUGCAA